CUGACGAAAAAGCUUUUACGUAAACCUAUAUAUGACUUACACCUAGAGGGCAUUCACCGUAUGGCCGCGGAGUUGCUAAUUACAGGCAAAGAAGCCUCCAAGUAUAGCAGCCUUAUUCAUCGAAGCGCGGACAGAUUUGCGCUCACAAUGAACUGGAGCGGACGCAUUAGCGUCGCCGCCACUUUUGGCAUAAUACCGCGAUUGUUUUGUGUUUACGCUUAUAUCGACACUUUCUCUCCCAUUGCGGUUUCGGAACAUGGAGUACCUAUAGAAGUAAAGUUUUGGGACACUAAAAGAACUCCCCUUGCACAUAUGGUGGACGUUACCAAUGAGUUUGGAUUAAAAGUUUUAGCUGAACAUAAUUUUUUAAAUGAUAAUAACAUUGCAUUUUCGCCCUACGGUCUUAUGGGCAUUUUAGUAGCUUUAUACGAAGGUGUUGAUGGUGAAUCUUCGUACCAAAUUCAACGCAGCAUGCAAUUACCAUGGAAUAGAAAUAUUAUGAGGAUAGGCUUCAGGGAUAUACAUCGUACUUUGAAGACUUAUUUCGUUCCAGAAGAAGGAUUUUUAGCUGGUUUAGCACUUAAUAACGAGAAUGUGACUUUCAGCGACAGCUAUCGAAAAAUUUUAAGGUUUUAUGGUUUUGAUUUGCAAAGCGACCCAUUGCCAACACCACCAGAAGUUAAUACCACGGAUAAUUUAAACGCAACUACUAGUGCCACAGAUUCUCUUGCUUCAAAUGGUGUUACUGAAAACGAUCCGGAAAUAACAUCGGAGCAAACUUCUACAGCUCAGCCUACUUUAUCUGCCAAGGAAAAAACAACAAUAGCCACGAACUUUGAAACAAUAAAUGGAACAGAUGAUUCUCAAUCGCCUACCACGGCAUCAGCAGCAAACUCAGAAUCAACUUCGGAAAUAACAAGUACUCUGCAAAUGGAAACUACUGAAACAACAACACAAGUUUCUUCUUCUGAAUUAAAUAUGAGUACCGUAACGACAUCUGCACCGACGACGGAUCCUUUAACUACAAUGCCAACUAUAUCUACAACGGACGAAAUGUUAUUGAAUAAGGAUGUUGAAAUUCUGUCUACUCAAACAACCAUCAUGUCAUCGGAUUCAACGACAAGUUUAGAUACGAGUUCGACGCUAACAACAGAUAUGGAAAGCACAGCAUCAACCAUGACUGAAAUACAAUCAAUGGACGAGAUGACGACGCUUGAAUCCACCACAGCCACACUCAACAAUUCAACAUUAGAAACACUUGAGCGUCGGAAAAAAUCAAUCGUAGACUUCAUCUUUACCAGUCCGCCAAACAUCGAUGACUAUGUGGUUUAUAGAUCCUUUAAUAUAGGUCCUGAUCUCCCUGAUACGGAAGGUUAUAAUACUGAUUCUAUGUUUAUGGUGAACGGGCUUCGAAAUAUUCAGGUUUCAUACAUGCAUUAUGAUACAGUUUUGGAGCAUGCGUAUCUACCUCAUUUAGAAGCAUCUGCACUUCGGUUACCUCUGGACAGUGAAAGAUAUUAUUUAUUGGUCGUAUUACCAGUUAGAGCAGGCAAAGGGGAGUUGGAAAGACUGUUAGCACGAAUGGCUCGAGAAUCAGACCUCUCUGAUGUGUAUGCGGCGCUGAGACCUCGCCGUGUGAGGGCCGUAGUACCUAGCUUUACGGUGAAGGGUCAUGUUACCUUAACCACAGAUUUGCAAAAACUAGGGGUCCGAGAUGUGUUCGAGCCACGACAAAGAGACUUCACGCCAAUGACGUCCCAGCCGGGUGUGUAUGUGCGCAGCAUAGAGCAGGCGGUGUCCGUUACCAUACGAAAAUAUCAACCAGAUGAUGCUAAGAGAUACGUGUCCAAGAGGAAUCCAGUGCUAUUCUCGGCUACAUAUCCCUUUUUAUAUUUUGUUAUGGAUUCCAGUAUACAAGUGUCCUUGAUGGCUGGCAAAAUGGUAGAUCCACUAAAUACUAGAAUAUUAUAAAUCGUUUAAGAAAAA